CGGGCUCCUCCGCGCAUUCCUGCCCCACACAAAGAAGUUCCUCCGCCGCCGCCGCCGCCGCCUGCACAAAGGAGGGCGCCGUCCAGAGAGCGCCGGGCCGGGCAGCGCAGCGCCGGGGCAGCGAGUGGAAGCGGCCGGACGCGAGGCGGACCUUCCCGCGGCGCCUCCCCCCGCGCGUGGCCGGGCGAGGCCGGGAUGCCUGGCGGGGGCUUCUGGCGGCGAGACGCGGGGUGCCCGCGGCGCUGAGCAGCCGGCCGGAGCGCGUGGAGCCAGGCGAGCCCAUGGCGGAGCCGGCGCUGCUGCCCCAGGAAGCCGUCGGGCGGCGUCGGCGUCGGGAGCAGCCGCCGAACGGGGCCCCGCCGCCCUACCCGUCGGGGGAGCCCGCCUGCCCGCCGCGCGCCCCGGCCGGUGAGGAGGGCCCGCGCUCCGAGGUGGCGCUGCCCUGCUACAAGCGCUACUCGGCCGAGGGCUUCCCGCGCGGCAAGGCGGCCGGACAAGGGGCCAGUCCGCGGGCCUCGACGUGCUGCGGGCCGGGGAGCGGCUGCGGCGGCCCCCUGGCCAGCCCGCGCGGAAGCCUGUCGGCCGGCGAGGCUCCGCUCAGCCCGCGCUCCAGCUACGCCAGCACGGCCAGCGACGCCAGCAAGCCCUCCAGCCCGCGCGCCAGCCUGGCCGGCUCCUCCGACGGCAGCAAGCCCAGCAGCGCCCGCACCAGCGGCAUCAGCAUGGGCUACGACCAGCGGCACGCCAGCCCGCGCUCCUCUGCCGAGCUGGAGGCCGCCGCCGCCGCCCGGCCCCUGGCGCCGUCGAGCUUGGCCGGCGCCGCCUCCUCCCUGGCCAGCCCGCGCUCCAGCCUCUCCAGCCACAGCUCGCGCAGCUCCCGCGGCUCGAUGGGCGCCUCCCCGGAGCUGCCGGUUCCCUCGCCGCGGGCCUCGCUGCUUCCCGAGGAGGGCCCGCCGGCUGACGCCGAGGCCGCCAAGCUGCGCCUCCCCUGCCAGGUGACGCCGGCCCGGGAGAGCGGGCCCAGCCAGGUGGAGCGGCGGCUGGAGGCGCUGACGCUGGAGCUGGAGAAGGAGCUGGAGCUGCACGUGCGGAAGGAGUACUUCGGUAUUUGUAUCAAGUGUGGAAAGGGGGUAUAUGGGGCCAGCCAAGCUUGCCAGGCCAUGGGGAACCUUUACCAUACCAACUGCUUUACAUGCUGCUCUUGUGGGAGAAGAUUACGAGGGAAAGCCUUCUACAAUGUUAAUGGAAAGGUCUACUGUGAAGAAGACUUCCUAUAUUCGGGGUUUCAGCAGACGGCAGACAAGUGCUUCAUUUGUGGCCAUCUCAUCAUGGAAAUGAUUUUGCAAGCUCUUGGGAAGUCAUACCAUCCUGGCUGUUUCCGCUGUGUGGUGUGCAAUGAAUGUCUGGAUGGCAUACCCUUCACUGUAGAUAUGGAGAACAACAUUUACUGUGUCAAAGACUAUCACACGGUUUUUGCACCCAAGUGUGCUUCCUGUAACCAGCCUAUUUUGCCAGUCCAGGGUUCUGAAGAGACCAUCCGGGUGGUGUCAAUGGACAGGGACUACCAUGUGGAGUGUUACCACUGCGAGGAUUGUGGACUCCAGCUGAAUGAUGAGGAGGGCCGCCGAUGCUAUCCACUGGAGAGACACCUGCUCUGCCACACCUGUCAUAUCAGGCGCUUGAGCACUCAAGUGUCGGCACACUCUCCCUCCGGGUACCCCAUGCAUAUCACGGAGCUCUGAGACUCCCACUUCCCAUCUGCUUGAGGCCAGGAGGAAGACACCUGCUGGGGCAAGGGCUCAACACAAGAAAGACAAAGCAGCUGCCAUUAUUUAUUGCUUCUGAGAUUGGAAAGGAAGGGCCCCCUCUUGGGUUGGCUCUGUGUACAAUUUGCCUGAGUGAUUCCUUCCACGAUGCUGGUACUUGAAAAGUCAUGCAGCCCAUGGAUUGGAUGGGGAAAGGCCAGGAUGUCAGAGCUGUUGGGAUGACUGGCCCACCCAUUAAUACUGGCUUGUUGCCAUUUUUACGGUUGAUUAUUUGAGCUCCCAGAAGAAGCAUUAGCUUUCCAACAGGAAAGAGACCAAAAGAUUUCCACCAUGUUUUAAGUCUCUUGCACCCUCUGACCUUGCGGUUCUCACACUUUGAGAGACACGGUGGUGGUUGCAUGCGUCAAAAGAGUGAUGGCCAAAUUGAAUGUGACUUAAAAAAGAAGCAACUUUGUAGGGGAUCCCUGUGAGUGGGUGGCCUUUUGUUGGGUUUUUCUGCAAAACGAGAGUACACAAGACACCCUGUGCUGGAAGCCCAUGAAUGAAAGGACAGAGAGCGUUCCCAUGUCAGGCUGUGUCAGGCACGGUUGUUAGAGGUUUGGCAAGGACGUGAGGGUUUGGUGUUUCCAGCUAAGGGGAGAGCUGCAGGCUCUCUGGGAAGACCGGUUACCUCACCGUAGCUUUCGGGGACCCAACAGGCAGCAACUGUCUGCAGGAGAUCCUUUCUGAAAGCCGCGUUGCAGGCGGGGCGGGGGGAAAGGGCACAAACUGCUCCAUUCCCAAUCCAGAGUUUUUUUCUUAGAAUUCUUCUGGCAGCAGAGACGUGAAUGCGUCAGAACGGGAAAAUUACAUACAUGUGAUACAAGAUUAUUCAUUAAAUUUAAUUCAGAUUUGAAUUCAGCCAAAUUGAGCUUCUGUCCCAUCCAUUUCUUUGGACCUGCCACCACUUAUUUUUGAAGGCAAUCCUUCCCAGCAUCCCAAAGUUCAGAGGCCGCCCGGAGCCCAGAACCGAUUCUGCCCAAACAACAGCAGAACCUGCCAGGGCCCAGGUCCACUGGGGUUGCCUGCAGAAGCUCUGCUAGUUGCUCUCUCUUCCUCCGUACAAGGAAAGUGGAUCCUGUGCUGCAGGCAAAGAAACAGGUUCUCUGGUAAAGAAGCAUCUUCCGUACAAGUCCAACAUCACUUGGCACUUCUCAAAGUCACUGUUUUGAAACUGACUUAAAUAGCUUCACUUGGAGCUGCCUGCAGGAAGGAUCAAACAGGUAAAAAUGUUGAUUUCAGCUGCAUGGGGGUGGCCACUGUCUUGACUCGUGCCACCCCACUGUCAUCACCUGAAGAGAUCCUGACCCCUGCCAAUGUACAACACACCAUUCCCUUGCUUUCGGGACGGCAGUUCUGUGCUAUGACUUGCAAGUAUAGCGAUACUACUUCUGGAGGUAUUUUUU